AUGGCGCCCCCUACCGCACCGCUCAACCUCGACGUCGAGGCCAUAUCUGGCAUUUGCGGCUCCAUCUCAAUCGCCUGCUGGGUCGUCGUCUUCUCCCCCCAGAUCCUCGAGAACUUCCGCCGCGGCAGCGCAGACGGUCUCUCUCUGCAGUUCAUCAUCGUCUGGCUCGCCGGCGAUGUCUUCAACAUACUGGGCGCCGUCCUCCAGGGCGUCCUCCCUACCAUGAUCAUCCUCGCCAUCUACUACACCAUUGCCGAUAUGGUCCUCCUGGCCCAGUGCUUCUACUACAGGGGCUUCACCUGGAAAGACGAGGUCGUGCCCCCGGCCCCGAAGCCGCGCAACCGCACCGGCGAACCCAACGAGCGCACCGGCCUCCUCCCCAACCCCAUUGUCGACCGCGAGCGCCGCGGCUCAGACUGGUCCAACCUCUCCCCCGCCGUACCCAUGCGCCCCGAAAGCGGUGUCGGCGGCAGCGCCGCCCCGGCCCCUCCCCCGCGACCGUCCACCGCGCUCCAGGCCGUCGCCUGGAACACCACCGCCGUCCUCAUGGUCUGCGCCGCCGGCGUCGUCGGCUGGUUCCUGAGCCGCAAGUACUCCCCGCACGCCGAGGAACCGGGCAACCACCACCAGCCCAACGACGACGACGACACCACCCUGACCUUCAACACCCUCGGCCAGGUCUUUGGCUGGCUCUGCGCCGUCUUCUACCUCGGCUCCCGCCUGCCCCAGCUCCUCCUCAACUACCGCCGCAAGUCCACCGAGGGCGUGAGCAUGCUCUUCUUCCUCUUCGCCUGCCUCGGCAACCUGACGUACGUGCUGAGCAUCUUCGCCUACGACCCGCGUUGCAAGCAUGACGAGUGCGCGCCGGGCGAGGCGAGCGCUAUUUACGGCCGUUAUAUGCUCGUCAACCUGAGCUGGUUGGCGGGCAGUCUGGGGACGUUGUUGCUUGAUAUGGGCAUCUUUGCCCAGUACUUCAUGUACCGGACCGACGAGUUUGCGAGUGAUGACGAAGAGGAGGGUGAUGAUGAGAGCAUUGAUGAGGACCAGUGGGAUCAGAGGCCGCUGCUUGCUCGCGGUGACUCUGUUUACCCGUGA